ACGGUCAUCAUUGUUGUGUUGAUGCUCGCAGCUGGGGCCGGGAGCUCCUGUGUCGCCCCUAAAUCAACAUAACACCACCUCCUGCCACACAGUUUGUCUCUGGGGGCACCAGUGACCUUGCAAGUAAGGCAAGAUGUUGGCCUACGCCGACAUUGACGAGGAUAUAGCCUAUGGUGAUGAAGAUGGAGAUGAAAUCUCUCCAGACAUCUGGCAGGAAGCCUGUUGGCUUGUUAUUUCCUCAUACUUUGAUGAGAAAGGUCUUGUUCGACAGCAACUUGACUCUUUUGAUGAGUUCAUUACCAUGACUAUCCAGAGGAUUGUUGAAGACUCUCAAGCUAUAGAUCUACAAGCUGAGGCUCAGCAUACAGGCGGUGAACUCGAGACUCCACCUCGUCACUUGCUGAAAUUUGAACAGAUUUACCUGAGCAAGCCCACAAACUGGGAGAAAGAUGGAUACAACUAUAGCAUGAUGCCCAAUGAAGCACGAUUAAGGAACCUCACCUACUCGUCUCCGCUCUAUGUUGACAUAGUAAAGACAGUCAUCAGGGAAGGGGAGAAGCCCAUAGAGCAAAAAGAAGAAAAGAUUUAUAUUGGUAAGAUCCCCAUUAUGUUGCGGUCUACAUACUGCUUGUUGAGUGGCCUGACUGACCGUGACCUUCACGAGGUUAACGAAUGUCCUCUUGAUCCUGGUGGCUAUUUUAUUAUCAACGGCUCAGAGAAAGUGCUGAUUGCCCAGGAGAAGAUGGCGACAAACACCGUGUACGUGUUCAGCAUGAAGGAUGGCAAAUAUGCUUACAAAUGCGAAAUCCGCUCCUGUAUUGAGCACUCUGCACGACCAGUAUCCACUCUUUGGAUCAACAUGAUGGCUAGGGGUGGAAGUAGUGCUAAAAAAUCUGCUAUUGGUCAGCGAAUCAUUGGUGUCCUGCCGUAUGUGAAGCAGGAAAUCCCAGUGAUGAUAGUGUUUCGUGCUUUAGGCUUUGUAGCAGAUCGAGAUAUUCUUGAACAUAUCAUCUAUGAUUUUGAUGAUCCAGAGAUGAUGGAAAUGGUAAAGCCAUCUCUGGACGAAGCCUUUGUGAUUCAGGAGCAGAAUGUUGCAUUGAACUUCAUUGGUGGACGCGGUGCUCGACCUGGUGUAACAAAAGAGAAGCGCAUAAAAUAUGCCCGUGAGAUUUUGCAGAAAGAAAUGUUACCUCACGUUGGUGUAUCAGAUUUUUGUGAGACAAAGAAGGCAUACUUUCUCGGGUACAUGGUUCACAGGCUUUUGCUUGCAGCUUUAGGUCGACGAGAGCUAGAUGAUCGUGAUCACUAUGGAAACAAGAGGCUAGAUUUGGCCGGUCCUCUCAUGGCCCUACUUUUCCGAGGGUUGUUCCGGAAUUUGAUGAAAGAAGUUCGUAUGCAUGCUCAGAAACUCUUGGAUAAAGGUCAAGAGUAUGGGUUGGAUGCUGCAGUUAAGCCCAAGCUCAUUACUGAUGGGCUGCGAUAUUCUCUGGCCACGGGCAACUGGGGAGAUCAGAAGAAGGCUCAUCAGGCCAGAGCUGGUGUCUCACAGGUGUUGAACCGACUGACUUUUGCAUCGACGUUGUCUCAUCUUCGGCGUGUCAAUUCUCCAAUUGGUCGAGAUGGUAAAUUGGCAAAACCUCGACAGCUGCACAACUCUCUGUGGGGAAUGAUAUGUCCUGCAGAAACACCGGAGGGAGCUGCUGUCGGCUUGGUGAAGAAUUUGGCUCUCAUGUCUUACAUCUCUGUAGGAUCCCAACCAGCCCCAAUCCUCGAGUUCUUGGAGGAGUGGUCUAUGGAAAACUUGGAGGAAAUAGCACCUUCUUCAAUUGAUGAUGCAACCAAAAUUUUUGUGAAUGGUUGUUGGGUUGGUAUUCAUCGUGACCCAGAACAACUGAUGAUGACGCUACGCAAGUUGAGACGUCAGAUGGAUAUCAUUGUAUCUGAGGUGUGUAUGGUAAGAGAUAUCAGGGACAGGGAGAUUCGUAUAUAUACAGAUGCUGGUCGUAUUUGCCGCCCUCUUCUGGUUGUAGAAAAUGGUAAACUGCUACUCAAAAAGAGACACAUUGACUUGCUUAAGGAAAGAGAAUAUAACAACUUCAGCUGGCAGGAUCUUGUAGCAAGUGGUGUGGUGGAGUACAUUGACUGCUCUGAAGAAGAGACAAUUAUGAUUGCCAUGUCCCUUGAGGACUUGGGUGUGGAAGAAGAGAAAACUUACUGUAAUACGUACACUCACUGCGAGAUCCACCCUGCUAUGGUGCUGGGUGUGUGCGCCUCCAUCAUCCCCUUCCCUGAUCACAACCAGUCCCCUCGUAACACUUACCAGAGUGCUAUGGGUAAGCAGGCAAUGGGUGUGUAUAUCACCAAUUUUCAUGUGCGGAUGGACACCCUGGCACAUGUGCUGUUCUAUCCUCAGAAGCCACUUGUUACUACACGUUCUAUGGAAUACUUGCGUUUCCGAGAAUUGCCUGCAGGCAUCAACUCUAUUGUCGGCAUUGCAUGCUAUACUGGUUAUAACCAAGAGGACUCUGUCAUUAUGAACCUCUCUACAGUAGAGCGUGGAUUCUUCCGAUCCUGCUUUUACCGUUCGUACAAAGAUGCAGAGACCAGACGCUCAGGCAUGCAAGAAGAGCAGAUGUUUGAGAAACCCUCGAGAGAUACCUGUCAAGGUAUGCGACAUGCUAUUUAUGACAAGCUGGAUGACGAUGGAAUUAUCUCGCCUGGUAUGCGUGUGUCUGGUGAUGAUGUCAUCAUUGGCAAAACCAUCACUCUGCCAGAAAAUGAGGAUGAAUUAGAAGGUCAAACAAGACGGUUCAGCAAGAGAGAUGCCAGUGUAUUUUUGAGGGGCUCAGAAACUGGUAUUGUGGACCAGGUCAUGUUGACUGUGAACGUAGAUGGUGAUCGUUUUACCAAGAUUCGUGUAAGGUCUGUACGCAUUCCCCAGAUUGGUGAUAAAUUUGCCUCCCGUCAUGGACAAAAGGGUACCUGUGGUAUUCAGUACAGGGUGGAGGAUAUGCCUUUUACAGUAGAAGGUAUAACUCCUGACAUCAUUAUUAAUCCUCAUGCCAUUCCCUCUCGAAUGACAAUUGGCCAUUUAAUUGAAGCUUUACAAGGAAAGCUUGGUGCCAACAAGGGUGAAAUUGGUGAUGCUACGCCCUUCAAUGAUGCCGUGAAUGUACAGAAAAUCUCCAAUUUGUUACAAGAGUAUGGCUACCACUUAAGAGGCAAUGAGAUUAUGUAUUGUGGUCACACUGGACGGAAGAUGAAUGCUCAGAUUUUCCUGACGCCUACAUAUUAUCAGCGUUUGAAGCAUAUGGUAGACGAUAAAAUCCAUUCCCGUGCAAGAGGGCCUGUGCAGAUCUUAGUAAGGCAGCCUAUGGAAGGUCGUGCAAGGGAAGGUGGCUUGCGAUUCGGUGAGAUGGAACGAGAUUGCCAGAUUGCUCAUGGCGCCGCACAGUUUCUCCGUGAACGUUUGUUUGAAGUCAGCGACCCAUAUUCUGUUCAUGUGUGCAACUUGUGUGGUCUUAUGGCUAUUGCUAAUUUACGCAACAAUACCUUUGAAUGUAAGGGAUGCCGCAAUAAAACUCAGAUAUCCCAAGUGCGUCUUCCCUAUGCUUGUAAAUUACUUUUCCAAGAAUUGAUGUCAAUGAACAUUGCUCCCAGGAUGAUGGUGAUGAAGUGAACAUGUUUUAAUUUUGGAAGUACAGUACAGUAAGGUAUGGUACAGUACAGUGGUACUGUACACAAAAUUAUGCAGUACAGUGGUACUGUACUGUACAGUACAGUAUGCACAAUUUUUUUAAAUUUAAGAGGAAAAUAUUUAUUUUAGUGGCUUACGGUAUUAAAGGUAAGCAAACUCUUACAUGGCGUUUUCUUUGUAAUGGAGUAUAGUACAGUACAUCCUUUUUUACAUUUUAUACCGAAUGGUACUGUACUUGUUUUUGUAUUUACCAUUUAAUAUUGGUGUAUUGUACCCUGUAUUAUAUUUCAUAGGUUUAAGAGUAUACAUCACAAUAGGACCUUGAUCAAGUUUGGGUGAUUGGCAGCUUCUUAUUGGUGUAUUAAAGUCAAAGUAUGUGUGCACUAAUUAUUGAAACAAAAACAUUUUUCAUC